CCGCGCAGGGCCCGGUCAUUGGUGGAGCGCAGGACAGAGAGCGGUGCGGUAGAUAGACUGCCGCUACGCUAUUGGGGGAGGGAAGACAAACUGGAUCUGAACAAAAAAAAAGACCAGAUAACAACAAUAUCAAGUUGGAAAUAGAAAGCGCGAGACGCGGCUGCUCGAACAUAUUUACUCGUUAAAAUACUUCGGAUGUCAGCAUGGCUCAGAUGUUUACUAUAUCAGACAGUGAGUCAGAGCCCUCAGAGGAGGUAGGAGAAACCGAAAAGGACCAAUCGUCUGCCGGAAAGGGGAUGACUGGCGGUCCAAUAGGCCACGCCCUCACUGUGCCUGAGAUGAGACUGGCAGGAGAGGGUCGGUUGAGGAUGAACUCAGAGUCCCAGGCCCAUGAGAUCCAGGGUAGGGGGCCAGGGGUGGAAGGCGUGCCCACAGACGGAGCAUCUUUCCGGGGUCGCUCCCAGUCGGCCCCCCCUGCCCUCUGGGCGGCCAAGAGAUACGGGCGGCAGCUCCGACGCAUGAGUGACGAGUUUGAUACGUGGCUGGAUAAAGGGGAGAUGAGGCGGGUGAAGAGUGCGGGAGCAGCCAAACAGAUGACCAAGUCCCCCAGCUGGUGGGCCUACCUGUUCAGUCAUAAGGAGACAGAGACAGAACAUACCCCUACCAUCCCACCACGAUCAUCUGAGUAGAGAGGGGGGUGGAGGGAGAAAGGGGAGAGAGGAUUGGAAGGAGACAGAACCCAUCCGUAAUCGUACCGCUAUUGAACCACGGUCAUCAGAGUACAGAGAACGGGAUGUUUCCCAUGCCAAUAAAGCCCCUUGAAUUGAGAGAGAAAAAGAGGGGGACAGAAGAUGGAUUGAGAAAGGGAGAGAUGGGCCUACCUGUUCUCAGCUGCUACUGAAACAUGAUCAGAAAAGUAUAGAGAGGGAUGGAGGGAGAGGAAGGAGAGAGGGAUGGAGGGAGAGGAAGGAGAGAGAGGGAUGGAGGGAGAGGAAGGGGAGGGAGAGGAAGGAGAGAGAGGGAUGGAGGGAGAGGAAGAUGUGGAGAGGUAGGAGACAGUAACAAAGUAGAGGGUGGAGAGGUAGAAGGAGAGAAUAAAAGGGGAUGAGACCUUACCCAAACAAGAACAACUAGUUUGCCAGCAAGAAAUUGAUUUUCCAACUUCACUCUAGUGAAAGCAUCCACCCAAGGCCCAAACGGGCCCUUAGUUAAUCAUUUUUGACUGUUUCUCCCAUUAACACUAUGCAACACAGAGAGAGUCCAGACAACAUGCACUGAGACAGAACAAAACGGCGGUCGGGUUCUCUCAUAAACUCUUCUCCACCUCAAUUAAUCUCUCCUUGUUUCCUCGUAUCCUAUUUCCUCCUCAACCGUACUGGUCCCUCCCUUCCCUCUGACCUUCUUUUCCAAUGCAUUUUUAGAAGGACAUGAGGAGCGGUGGUGUAAGGAAUCAAGGAAAGAUGGAUUGAGAAUGAGUGUUACUGUGGUUGUAUCCCAAAUGGCACCCUAUUCCCCACAGGCCCUGGUCAAAAGUAGUUGCACUAUAUAGGGAAUAGGGUGCCAUAGGCCCUGGUCAAAAGUAGUGCGGUAAAUAGGGAACAGGGUGCCAUUUGGGACGUAGUCCGUGUGGUAGUUAGCAACCACAACCGCCGCCAUCUUAGAGUGAUUGCUGCACUCCGACAACUAAUCCCAUUUCAAAAUAAAUGUCUCAAAUAUGAGGAACCAUCUUGUUUAAAUGACAAUCUUUGAUAACAGUGCUAAUGAUAUGUUUUGUAUUAAGAACUGCAGGGGAACAUUUUAUCAGACAAUAGAAUUGAAUGAACUAAGAUGUAGACUUUCAGAGCAAAACCAAUGAGAAUUUAAAGACUUGGGUCUUUAAAAACUGUAAAUACUGUUAAUAUUUCAAUGAAUGAAACAAAAAAUGGACAAUAACAUGUAAACUGCUGAACAACAAAAUGUGAUUUUUUUAAUUAAUGAUACUAUGUGUAUGUCACAAAUAGCACCCUAUUCCCUAUACAGUGCACUACUUCUGACCAGGGCCUAUAUAGGGAAUAGGGUGCCAUUUGAGACGAAUCCCCUCUCUGUAAGCCUGUAUCUUUUUUUUUUUUUUUUUACUUAGAGGUGCUACUGCAAGGUCUUCCGUUGCAGCCCAAAUCAACCCCUACACUUCCAGGCGGUCCCAAUUCGUUCCCUACCCCCUCGAUGUUAGGGGCUGGAUAGGUAUAAGCGGUGCAAUGGUUGACCUUUCAAAAAUUCCACACCUGUAAACAUUGAAUGGUUAGAGCUCUGGCUCCCGAGUGGUACAGCGGUCUACGGCACUGCAUCUCAGUGCUAGAGGCGUCACUACAGACACCCCGGUUUGAUUCCAGGCUGUAUCACAACCGGCCGUGAU